CGAAUCGGCGGGGCUCGCGGCCCGGGGUGGGAGGCGGGUCUACCGCUCGGCCGCGGCGGCGGAGGAGCAGCUCCCAGCCAGCAGCCAGCGAGCGCCGAGCGAGCCGCCCGGAGCCCCUCAUCCCAUUCGGAAGAGGAAGGAACAAAAGGUCCCGGACCCCCGGCUCUGACGGGGCGGGACCCGGAGCCUCGGUGCAGGUUAGAUUAAGGAGGAUAUUUUCUUAGAGUGGAUCGCUGCCUUUGGUAAGAACAUGUCGUCCAUCUUGCCAUUCACUCCACCAGUUGUGAAGAGACUGCUGGGAUGGAAGAAAUCAGCGGGUGGAUCUGGAGGAGCAGGUGGUGGAGAGCAGAAUGGACAGGAAGAAAAGUGGUGUGAGAAAGCAGUUAAAAGUUUGGUGAAGAAGCUAAAGAAAACAGGACGAUUAGAUGAGCUUGAGAAAGCCAUCACCACUCAAAAUUGUAAUACUAAAUGUGUUACCAUACCAAGCACUUGCUCUGAAAUUUGGGGACUGAGUACACCAAAUACGAUAGAUCAGUGGGAUACAACAGGCCUUUACAGCUUCUCUGAACAAACCAGGUCUCUUGAUGGUCGUCUUCAGGUAUCUCAUCGGAAAGGACUGCCGCAUGUAAUAUAUUGCCGAUUAUGGCGCUGGCCUGACCUUCACAGUCAUCAUGAACUCAAGGCAAUUGAAAACUGCGAAUAUGCUUUUAAUCUUAAAAAGGAUGAAGUAUGUGUAAACCCUUACCACUACCAGAGAGUUGAGACACCAGUUUUGCCUCCGGUGUUAGUGCCACGGCAUACUGAGAUCUUAACAGAACUACCACCUCUGGAUGAUUAUACCCACUCCAUUCCAGAAAACACUAAUUUCCCAGCGGGAAUUGAGCCACAGAGUAAUUAUAUCCCAGAAACGCCACCUCCUGGAUAUAUCAGUGAAGAUGGAGAAACAAGUGAUCAACAGUUGAACCAAAGUAUGGAUACAGGAUCUCCAGCAGAACUAUCUCCUACUACUCUUUCCCCUGUUAAUCAUAGUUUGGAUUUGCAGCCUGUUACUUACUCAGAACCUGCAUUUUGGUGUUCAAUAGCGUAUUACGAAUUAAACCAGAGGGUUGGAGAGACCUUCCAUGCAUCACAGCCCUCACUCACCGUAGACGGCUUCACAGAUCCAUCAAAUUCAGAGAGGUUCUGCCUAGGUUUACUCUCUAACGUCAACAGAAAUGCUACAGUAGAAAUGACAAGAAGACAUAUAGGAAGAGGAGUGCGCUUAUAUUACAUAGGUGGAGAAGUUUUUGCUGAGUGCCUAAGUGAUAGUGCAAUCUUUGUGCAGAGCCCCAAUUGUAAUCAGAGAUACGGCUGGCACCCUGCAACAGUGUGCAAAAUUCCACCAGGCUGUAACCUGAAGAUCUUCAACAACCAGGAAUUUGCUGCUCUUCUGGCUCAGUCUGUUAAUCAGGGUUUUGAAGCCGUGUAUCAGCUAACUAGAAUGUGCACCAUAAGAAUGAGUUUUGUGAAAGGGUGGGGAGCAGAAUACCGAAGGCAGACAGUAACAAGCACUCCUUGCUGGAUUGAACUUCAUCUGAAUGGACCUCUACAGUGGUUGGACAAAGUAUUAACUCAGAUGGGAUCCCCUUCAGUGCGUUGCUCAAGCAUGUCAUAAAGCUUUGUCACCAGUCAAGUCCCAUCAAAAGACUUAAUGUACCAACUCUUCUGUCAUAGUAUUUGUGUGUGGUCCCCGUGGACUGUUUACUAUCCAAAAAUUCAAGAGAAAACAGCACUUGAGGUCUCAUCAAUUAAAGCACCUUGUGGAAUCGGUUUCCUAUGUUUGAAUAUUAGAUGGGAAAAUUAGUGUCUAGAAAUACCCUCCCAUAAAGGAGGAAGAGAAGAUUUUAAAGACUUACUGAUGUCUUGUUGGGCAUAAAACUGAGUGUCCCAAAGGUUUAUUAAUAACAGUAGUAGUUAUGUGUACAGGUAAUGUAUCAUGAUCCAGUAUCACAGUAUUGUGCUGUUUGUAUACAUUUUUAGUUUGCAUAAAUUAGGUGUGUGUGUGCUGCUUCUUGAUUUAGGCAAGCCUUUAUAAAGUUACAGUACCUAAUCUGUUAUUCCCACUUCUUCGUUAUUUUUGUGUGUCUUUUUUAAUAUAUAAUAUAUAUCAAGAUUUUCAAAUUAUCAUUUAGAAGCAGAUUUCCCUUGUAGAAAAACUAAUUUUUCUGCCUUUUACCAAAAAUAAACUCUUGGGGGAAGAAAAGUGGAUUAACUUUUGAAAUCCUUGACCUUAAUGUGUUCAGUGGGUCUUAAAUAUUCAUUCUUUUUGUGUUUGUUUACUUAUUGCUAAAACCUUACGGAAAUUUUUCCAGACCUCUCCUCCAUUUCCACUUUUGUCCUGAUACCAAAACAGUGUAGCGUGACAUCCAUCACCAAUAAUGGUUGCACUGAUACCGCCAGCACCAGUUAAUUCUGGGGUAUGGUAACAAAUCAUAUGGAGUAAGUCCCUUUGUCUUACACCAGAUUUCAGUUUCAGCAGAUGGUAAUAGACUUGUGUAACCUAGCAGUCUUUUGAUUUAUCUUUACACCUCAUAAAAAAUGCACAGGUGGCAGUAUAAUUAUUUUCAGGGAUAUGCUACAAUUAUUUCAAUAUAUUUAUCCUUUUUAAAAAUUCAAUCUAUAGAGAUAAACGCUCUUUAAAAAGGUAUUUUAAAAUAUUUCAGUAGCAAACCUAGUGCUCUUUGAGUUGAGUUCCAUUUGAUUUAGUUACCAGAUUGUAUUAUGGAAUGGGCCUUUUGUAAAUGUAAUUGCUUCAGCAGAAUACCUAGAAAAGUAAUGCUGAGGUAUGAUCAGCAGGUAAAGGCCAUCUGUUUUUAAGGUAUGUUGUAUUAAAUUUAUACAAUCUAUGUUAUUUUACAUAAUUAUGAAUUCUGAAUUUUAAAAUUUGGGGGAGAAGCAGUUUAGCAAGUUUUUUAGCUUAUAAUUACCUACACUCUGAGCUGUUCUUAACUAAUCCUGAAUAUGUGGUGACUGUUAGAACCAACCAUGCAUUUUGCUCUACAGUGACAGGAGAUGUCAGAAACUCUGUUGGAAUCCACCCUGCAGCAGAUAAUCCUUAUGUUUAUUGUUAACUCAUUGCAGUUUAAACAUUUCUUGUUUGCAUCUCAGUAGAAAUGGAAAGUAACCACUCCUGGUCCCCUUCUAGUAAGUUUUCAUAUUUUUAAAGACAGAUUAUCUUUGGUACUUGUUUUUUGAAACCAUAUUCACCUUUAUCUACAGGUGUUAUUUUCAGUACUUUCAGCAUUGGUUGUUUUCUAUUAGAUAUUCCCCAUUUUCCUAUAUUUGUGUAUGCAUGUAUGUGUUUAUGUAAACUUGGUAUAGUAAUUUUUUAUUCAUUCAACAAAUAUUUAUUGUUCACCUGUUAUGUGUGCCAGGAACUUUCUUAGCCUUUGGGUAAAGGUGAACAAGACAGAUAAGGCCCUUGCCUUUGCUGAGAUAGCAGUUUCUAUAAUGCUUAAUUAGCUUAUUUGUCUAUGAAGGAGAUAAAACAGGGUACUGUGAUAAAGCAUAGCAGGGGGAAUGCUUCUGAAAGGUAGUGAUGCUUGAGCUAACACUUCGGUGAGAAAGGAGCAAGCCUUGUGGAGAGAAAAAUAGGCAUUCUUGGCAAAGAAAAUGGCAUCAAAUGCAAAGGCUUAUUUGAAAGGAAACUCAUAAUUUACUAGGUGUUUGUGCUUUAUACAAAAACCUCUACACAGGUCCAAACUUGAGGAUCAGAUUGGUUCUACAGUUUAUAAUAGUUGAAGGUGGCCUUACUUUGUGAUAGAUUGCUUCAUGUGUCAUUCUCACUAAUAUUUCCUCUUCCUCAAAUCCUUCCUGUAAAAAGUUUACACCAGGUCAAUACCAUUUAAUUGAACAACCCUUUCUUCAGUUCUGCCUUGGGCAGAUUUUCACCAUUGUAGUGACUGGCUGCUUGCUUCCAGAUGUCCUGCUGUCCGAAAUGAUUACUUCUGCAGCCCAUCCUGUGGAUAGAGUAAAUGUCCCAGGUAUUACCACAGUCAGACCUGUUGGAAAUGUGGAGGCUCUGCCCUUUGGAAGUGUUUGCUUACUAGAGGACUUGUAGUGAUGUUAGGGAACACUGUUCUUUGUCUGGUUGAAAGUGAUAGAACAUCCUGGCAGUUGCUCUUGCAUUGAUAUGUUAAGCAGAGCAGUGCCACCUGUAGCAUUUCAGUAGUGGGUCACAUCUCUGCAGUUCUGGUGGCAUUCUUCUGUACAGUAUGAAACUGGGACUCACCUCUUUGGAAGCGCCCAUGUAUUCAGCGGUUAGACCUGUCAAGCAGUUGACUUUGUGGUGGUGGUGGUUACAUUUGUAUGAGUGUGUUCAGUGGUCUUCCUUGCUUUUUAAUGCGAUGCUGGUUUUGCAUUCUGUUUUGGCCACUGUGGCCUAAUUUUUGCCAAUUGUUUUUUCCCUUUAUAGGGUUUGUUUUCAUUCUUCUAAGUGAUAAGAUCUCUCUGUAGAAUUUUGUCUUUAUUUAGAUUAGCAACAUCAUUUAGAAUUUCUUCCACACAGUGCUGGUAAUUUCCUCAGUUUAACAACAUGAGAACUGAAUGAUCAUGCUUUCUGUCACAUUUCUAAGAUGAAUGGUGGUUUUCACAGUGGAUUACAUACACCUUAGGGCUGGUUUAGGGAAUUGGAGGCUGGUGACAUUCCCACUGACUUUGGCCUGGCCAGUGGCAGCUUCAUUUUUAUUCUGUGUUGGAGUUCCACGUAGGAACUCCAAUAGAAUGAUUUCUUUCUUAAAAAAGUUUUACUGCUUAAAAAAAAGUUUGACUUUCCUGACUAGAUUUGAACUAUACCAGUUAGUGUGCUAGUUGUACAUUAUGAUAUACAUUCGUUCAAUAAACACUUAUUGAUGCCUGUGCUUUACCUACCCAGUGUGAUAGAUGUUGAGUAAUAAAAAGAUAACUGGGAUUUGGUACUGACUCUCAAGCCAUCUUAGUCGUGUGGGGUUACUUUCUCUCUCAGGACCUGUCACUUUGCCAGAAGAAAAUCUGCCUAAUUUUUCUUGAAAGCUAUAUAUUCUUACUCUGUAUUCUUACUCUUAUUCUGUAUUCUAAGUAUAUAUUUGCAAAUUGUUAAUAUCUGGGGUUUUUUUAAACCUCACAUCAUAUCUAGUUUUGCUUGGUUCAUCUGUCCUUUAAACAUUGCCAGAUAUUCUCCUUUGUUAAAAUUAUUUUAUUGAUAAUUUCACUUUAUUUGUGCCUUUAUUGUCAGUUUCAUCAAGACUAAGAUUUUGAACUUGAAAAACAAUCAGUCUAGUCUCUUGCUAGUUGAAAUCAAAUAAAAGAGUAUAUAUACCCAGUUGGUUUCUCUACCUCUUCCAAAAAUUGUCCAAAUAUACCUUUAACAUCUUUCUUUUUUUUAAAUAACUAAAUACUUUGAGCAUUUACUCAAUAAUCAGUGCCCUCCUGGUCUGGUUGAUGGUGGGAAGUAAUGUAACGCAAGACAAUCCUCACUGUACUUAGCAUCUGUCUUUAUGUACAGUCUUUACUUUCAUAGCUAAACAUUCCAGCUUCACAGUUUGCCACCCCUCCACCAUUCCCCAGUAUCUCUUUAGAUAACUAAGUAGACUGUGGACAUAAGCAACCCGUGAUCUUGUCUCUUACUCUGGUGCAACACAUUGAGGUUUAGACAUAACACAUUAUUGCCCAUUUUCUUUCCUUCGUGAACUUUAUUUUGCUAAGUCCUUUAUGUUCAUCAACUGAAUUUUAUUCUUCCUUCCCUUCUCUUGACAACAUGUAUCCCUAGUGGUUUUGCCAGUUGCCCUCUUCCUUGCCAACCGUGUUGUAUCUGCAUA